AUGACACCCACUGGACCAGUACUUAAACCGGCCGUCGACCCAGAGCCACCAACCACUGGUUCUCCCACACUCGCACCAAGCGACACCACCUCCCCCACAACGUCCGGCACCAACACCCCGGCGCCAAAACCACCCAAGAGGAGGGUCCGGAUCCUCAUGCUCCACGGUAGUUACACCCAAUCCGGCCCAAACUUCGCCGCUAAGACGGGCGCCCUCCGAAAGAAACUCGCCCCGCUCUUCGCGGCCCGCAACCAGGAGCCCAUCUUCAUCUACCCCACGGCUCCGUUACCGGUUCAGGCCGGCGAGACCGCAUCCAUAGACGCCGUCGACGCCUGGGCAUGGUGGCGCCGCAACGAUGCGACCGGGGAGUAUGAUGGCAUCGACAAGGGCAUGGCAGUCGUUGCGGAGGUCCUGGAGCGCGCACGUUUGGAUGCUGCGUGCGAGGAAGGGAAUGACAGCGGGGGCAUCGAGGGCGUCAUUGGGUUCAGCCAGGGCGGGUGCAUGGCUGCGCUGCUGGCCGCCGCAUUGGAGCGGCCGCAUAACCCGUUCGGGGGGUCCAAGUUGCCCGCUCAUGAGGGUUGGGUCAAGGCGGUCCAGACGGCACACGGCGGGGGCCAGGAUAAGCCGUUGAAGUUUGCGGUAGUGUGCGGCGGGUUUCGGGCGGCGCCGCGGGACCUACAGCAGCUGUACGCACCGAAGGUGAAGACCCCGGUGAUGCACUGUAUCGGGACAGUGGACACGGUGGUCGCGGAGGAUCGGAGUAUGGAGUUGGUGCGGCAGUGUGAGGAGGAAGUGGUGUAUUUGCACCCCGGGGCGCACUUUGUGCCCAUUGAUAAGGCGUUUACGAUGGCGCUUGCGGGGUUUAUUUUUAAGAAUUUGUAG